AUGGAACCACUCCUUGAUCGUCUUCCUAGUACUUUAUCUGCUGGUCAAAAAAGAAUUGUCUCCACGGCCAUGGCUUUCAUUGGUUCUCCACCUUUAGUUAUUUUGGACGAACCAACAGUUGGUGUUGAUGUAAGAAAGAGGCAGUUGGUAUGGAACAUCGCUUCUUACUUCAAGAAUACAACAACUAUUAUUGCUAGCCACUCAUUGGAAGAAGGAGAAGCUGUUGCCAGCAGAUUAUUCGUCAUGGAAGCAGGAAAACUAAAAUUCCAAGGAACACCAAGCGAGUUAAGAGAAGAAUAUCAUUGUGGAUAUCGUCUUAAAGUCAUUGCAAAUGAAGAUGACGAAGAAGAUAUGGAUGAGAUUGUUAAUCAGUUACUUGAACUAACUAAAACAGUUAUUGAAGAUGCUGCUAUUGAUUUCGAAAGAGGCGAUUCAAUUAUGUUGCCUGUUUGCGACCAAAUUCCUCAACUAAUGAAAACAUUAGACGAAAAAAUUGGUUCGCUAAAGGUAACAGGUUUUACUAUCUCCAUUGAAAACUUGGAGCAUGUUAUGCUUCGUAUGAUUGCAAAUGGAGAUGAAUAUUAA